AUGCGUCCCGGGAAUGUCAUUGCCCCCGUUGCCGUGGUCCUCUAUGGACACGCUGCUGUUGGCAGGCCUACCUUUGGGGAUAUCGGCAACAUCAUGGGCGGCAUGCUGAGUUCUCUGUCUGGGGGGAGCCCGAUGCCAGGCGGCGCACCGGGCGCUUCCCUGACACAGUUGAUCCCGGGGGCGUCGGCUGGUACUGGAUCGUCGACUGGUACUGGAUCGUCGACCGGCACUGGAUCGUCAGCCGGCACCGGGUCGUCGACCGGCACUGGAUCGUCAGCCGGCACCGGGUCGUCGACCGGCACUGGCUCGUUAGCCGGCACCGGAUCGUCGGCUGGUACUGGAUCGUCAGCCGGCACUGGAUCGUCGACCGCUACCAAUUUAACCGGAACUGGCCUGCCAGCAGACACUGGAUCGUCGACCGGUACUGAUUUAAGCGGAACUGGCUCGUCGGCCGGAUCAGGGUCGUCCCCCAGCUCCGGGACCUCCAUCACGACGACGAUAAACGGUCCAGGAUCGUCGACUGGCGCCGGAUCGUCGACUGGCGCCGGAUCGUUGGCCGACGCCGCCGGAACCGCGCAACGGCCAACCACCCAGGAGCUCGAGGCCGCGGCGCGCGCAUGGCGAGACGACACGGCCGUCGUGUCCAACUUCCUGUCCACCGCCGAGACCAUGAGCCCCGAGCAGCUGCAGAGGGAGGGCAAGAUUGCGCUCGACGCCGAAAACGACGAGCUCAUCCACAAGGCCGUCCUCGACAAGGUCUUCCUCAACGGCACAGCCGCCGAGAGGGACCCCGGCGUCGUCCAAGCCAACGACGUCCUCGUCAACCAGGGCACGUUCCAGUUCAUCGUCGACACGCUCGGGCUCAUCUCCAAGCGGGGCGCCAACAUGACGACCGGCGACAUCUCGACGCUGGUCCGGGCCAUGGACCAGGACCGGUGCCCCAACAUCCUCCCAGCCAUCGACGAGUACUUCGCUGCCACGCAGAAGGAGGCCGGCGGUCCUCAGCUCCGGGCCGUCAGGCCGACCAACUGCUAA